GCCCGAGGCUCUGGGAGCCGAAUGACUGUCAUCCCUCUGUCGGGUUUAUAUGUGGACGCGUGCGCUGAUUUCUCCUGCUCCACAGCAGAUCUGUGCGCUCGGAGGUGUCGUUCAGGAGCACCGGCUCUCUCUUCUACCGGACCGGACACCAGUGACCAUGGCAGGCACCUACUAAAGCAAUCACGGAGAGAUACGCGUUUGUACCGACUAUGGCUGUAGACGCUGCGUCCAGCUUCAGCUUCUGUCGGGCUGCGCUGGAGCACACGGUCUCAGCAGAGGAGCUGAACUAUCAGCUGCCACGCAAGGCCGGGGGCAACCUUACCUGGCAUGAAGGACGCGGCCAGAGGGUGACGAGGAGGACCGUCAAACUGCUGCAGCAGCCCGGCACAGAAGGAAUACAGAUCCAGCCAGGAGAGGCCUUCACUGUGUACCACACCAGCCCAACGCUCUCCAGCUUAUGCAAACCAGUGGUGCUUUGGACCCAGCAGGACGUGUGUAAGUGGCUGAAGAAACACUGUCCGCACAACUACCUGACCUACGUGGAGGCCUUCUCUCACCACGCCAUCACAGGUCGUGCCCUGUUGCGGUUGAAUGGAGAGAAGCUGGAGAGGAUGGGUAUAAUCCAAGAGACACUGAGACAGGAAGUCCUGCAGCAGGUCCUACAGCUACAGGUCAGAGAGGAAGUGCGCAACCUACAGCUGCUCAGUAGAGCUUCCUUCGGCAACAUUUCCUAGCUCCUCUAUCCUUUUGGCAGCUCUUUCGACUUCCCGGCAGAUACGCGAGGCCUCGUUCCAAACUGCUACAGACUGAACGAGAGAGAGGAUCUGCCUGGCGGUGGAGCUGCGGAGGAGACUGUUAACACUGAUUUAACAGAAAGGACUGUCUUUUUAUGCAGAUCUGAAUGGGGUUUCAAAGACUCAAAUGGACAAAGUCGGACCCUAAAACUGUAAUAUAGUGAUAAGAUUCAAGUCUCACCUCAUCUCUACAAAACAUAGAGCACCAACCAGAGCUCUCUCAGACAAAUGUGAAUGAGAAUAUGAAUUGGAUCAAGACUUUGACUCUCAAGAAGUUGACUUCAGAUCAUGUUAAGAAGCCUAGUGUUUGGAUGUCUGACAGACCUGCUUUUUUAACCCGCUCAACAUGGAUGCAGAUGCGAUGCUGAAGAAAUCCUGUUUCUACAAGUAUGGGAACGGACAAUUCCUCCUCCUACCUCUCAUGAUAGAUUGUAUAAUUUCAUUUACAGAGAAUUAGAUAUAGAAUAGGGCAUGAAGUUUGAUUAUCCAACAUCUUCCCAUUCCUGACUUCUAUGUGGAUUAAAUGGAUGUUCACACUGACAAACAAUGACUACAUGAUCUGAAACUGGAUUGAAUGUUAAUCGGAUGUGCACACCUAAAAACCAACCAUUGUUUUGCUUUUCUUCUCAGGACGUUCUUCUCAGCUUUGUUCCUCCUGUUACCUUCAUAAAUGCUCUAAGUUGUAUUCUCGAUUUCAGUGUCCUUUUUAAAAUCUUGCACACAAUGUAGCAGGUUUUCUCCUAAUAUACAAAGAAUAUAUCAAUAUACCUUUACUCUAGAAGUUAGAGUAUGUAUCUAGAUCACUGUCUCUUGUAGAAGUCCCUUGUCCAAGCAAUAAUGUAAAGAGGUGCCACAUGACUGCAUGGCUAGACCUGUUAGAGACUGUUUUUUAAAUCAGCUACCUUACAAUCAAAAUGUAGGUCUGCAGCAUUCUAAGCAACGCUUCUAGAGUCUAGAUCAAUUUGGUGUUGCUUUCCAAGAUGUCGCAAUUCAUAACACACAGCUAGUUUUCUCUUUCAGGUCAACUAUUGUGAUGGCGGAGAACAUCAAAUAGUUGUUGGGUUUCGUUGGAUCAGUGUGUUUAACCGUGUUGGUGUUUGUUGGGUUAGUGUGAACAUGGCAGUUAUGUUUCCCAACAUCAUAAAUUCAAAAGCUAACUUUAAAUGUUUGAAAUGUUGCGGCUGUGUGAACUAGGCUUUUGAGUAAUGAGGUUUGUUAUCGCCAAGAACGCAAGAAGGCAUGUUAAGUAUUAGUGUACUGUAGAGAGAAAGAGACAGUUUGUUUUCUCGGUGAUGAAGAAGCUUUUGCGGAGAGAAUGUCUUUCUUUUCAAAUUGUGAUUUUGUCUUUAUUAGCACUGAUGAAUCCUGAACGCCGAUGAUCCGACACUCGACUACACUGUGAUGCAGUGGCAUGUUUAAGGAAGCUUGAAUGUUUAAAUGACUGUAAAAUCUCAAUUUUACAAAGCAGCUGGAGUCUCAGAUGUGAGUGAUUAUCAGAUGCUUGUGACAUCGGUUGUUACUUACAGAAAGCUUACAGAAAGCUUAGCCCAUGACACAAACCAAUUCAGUCCAUUCAGAUUAAAAGUGUUUCUGUGGGACUGACAGUGUGACAUAAUGAUCGAUGGGUUUCCAGAGCCUUUCACUGAUUCUUGCAUUUUGGCACACUGGCAUUUUUCUCUACAGACUUGCAGUGGGUUUCCUUUAAAUCUUGUUAUGCAAAAAAAAAAAAGUGGGGUAAAUGGACAUUGGUUAUGUAAUGACCUGCUACCAACAUAAUUAUACAAGACAUGGUGUGGCAAAGACAGCUGUAUGCGUGUG